CUUCACCUCACAAAUGCAUUACAUGAUAUACUAUAAACUAAUUAGCAGAUGUCUAAAAGACUAAAAUAACCCAUCAAUACAGACAAACCCAUCAAACACAGCAAGGGCAUUCUCGUCAAAAUUUGCCGUAUAAAUUUCGUCUUAGAAAAACUGAUCAUCACUCUGUUUUCCUCUGUUUAAGCUCACGUUUCUCCAAUCAAAAAGAAAAACACCAUAAGUCAUGAUAUCUUCUGUCGCUUCAGCCUCCGCAAAAAUGGCGUCAACCGCUUCUGUCAAUCAGUUCCCCUGUAAGUUCCCGCAGAGCUCGAAAUUGAUCUCCAACAACGCGUGUUCUCCGGUCAAUCGGAUCAAUUUCCCCGCCCUGUCGACGAAGCCGAAGGUGAAUUUUGGCGUGAGGGCGGCGGUGAGCGACGACGAGUGGGGCGCCGAUCCAGAAUCACCGGCGGUGGCGGUUAUGGAGGAGAAGGCGCCGGAAGAAAUCGAUUCGCUGAAGAAGCAAUUGGUGGACAGUUUCUAUGGAACGAAAAGGGGGCUGAGCGCCUCCGCCGAAACAAGGGGGGAGAUCGUGGAGCUCAUCUCCCAGCUGGAGGCGAAGAACCCCACUCCUGCUCCAACCGAGGCUCUCACGCUGCUCAACGGGAAAUGGAUACUUGUGUACACAACGUUUUCGGGUCUGUUUCCUCUGCUGUCGAGGGGUGCUGCUCUGUCGCCGGUGAAAGUCGAAGAGAUAUCUCAGACCAUCGACUCUGUGUCUUUCACCGUGCAGAACUCAGUCCUGUUUGCCGGACCAUUGGCCACAACUUCCAUCACCACCAAUGCGAAAUUCGAAGUCCGCAGCCCCAAACGCGUGCAGAUUAAGUUCGAAGGAGGCGUGAUUGGCACGCCGCAGCUGACGGACUCCAUUGAACUGCCGGAAAACGUGGAGCUUCUAGGGCAGAAGAUCGACCUCUCGCCAUUCAAAGGCCUGCUUACCUCUGUACAGGACACAGCCUCAUCCUUUGCCAAGACCAUUUCUAGCCAACCGCCGUUGAAGUUUUCCAUCCCCGACCGCAACUCUGAGUCGUGGCUGCUCACGACGUACCUCGACAGUGACCUCCGGAUUUCAAGAGGAGAUGGAGGCAGCAUAUUUGUGCUCGUCAAGGAAGGCAGCCCUCUUUUGACUCGUUAGACGCCACUGAUCACUCUCACUUUUGUCACUCUUUUCUUUGGGGCUUGUGAAAUAGCAUGUAAUAAAUAAGUAUGAGACAUCCACAGGAACUUAGAUGAGAUACUAUAUGUAUAUACAUACAUAGUUGGAGUUAUCAAAGUUUAAUACAAUACAAUACAACAGCAUGCUGAUUGGUUUC